AAGCGAGUAUGACAUACUGAGCCGUCCGGGAAUUCCCACAAAGCGAAGAACGCCGCAGCCUGUCCACGACGACGCCGCAAGACAUAACCCACGCCGCAACACAAAAGAAACACCAAAAAAACGAUGGCCUGCAGCCCGACGACGACCGCGCGAAAAAAGGCCCGCACGCCGGUCAACCCGCUCGUCGGCCCGCUGCUGACGGACUUUUACCAGAUCAGCAUGGCGUACACGUACUGGAAGCACGGGCGCCACGAGCGGCCGGCCGUCUUCGAGUUGUACUUCCGGAAGAACCCCUUCGGCGGCGAGUUCACGAUCUUCGGCGGCCUCGAGGAGUGCCUCUGCUACGUGGAGAACUUCAAGGUCACGGACGACGACGUCGAGUACCUGCGGACGCUGCUGCCGCGCGCCGAGGACGAGUUCUUCGAAUGGAUCCGAAGCGUCGACUGCUCCAAGGUCCAGAUCUACGCCGUGCGCGAGGGCACGGUCGUCUUCCCCAAGUGCCCGCUCCUCCGCAUCCACGGCCCGCUCGCGAUCGCGCAGCUCCUCGAGACGACGCUGCUGAACCUCGUCAACUUCGCGUCGCUCGCGACGACCCGCGUCACGACGAACGCGGCGCGCAUGCGCCUGGCCGCGGGCCCCGACAAGAAGCUGCUCGAGUUCGGCCUGCGGCGCGCCCAGGGCCCCGACGGCGGCGUGUCCGCGAGCCGCUACGCGUUCCAGGGCGGAUUCGACGGCACGUCGAACGUCCUCGCGGGCCGCCUCUUCCCGGACCUGCCGGUCUCGGGCACGCACAGCCACGCCUUCGUCCAGAGCUACAUCACGGGCGACGAGCUCGACGGCGACGGCGUCCUCGGCGGCGUGAACCUCGCCGAGGCCGCGCUGACCUGGCGGCGGCGCCUCGGCUACGAGGACGCGGGGUCGCUGCACGCGGGCGAGUUCGCGGCGUUCGUCGCCUACGCGCUCGCGAACCCGACGAACUUCGUGGCCCUCGUCGACACCUAUUCCACCCUCGAGACGGGCCUGAAGAACUUCGUCACGGUCGCGCUGGCGCUCAAGGAGUGCGGCUUCGCGCCCAAGGGCGUCCGCAUCGACAGCGGCGAUCUCGCGUACCUGUCGCGCGAGUCGCGCGCGCUCUUCGCCGGCGUCGUCGACGCGUUCCGGGGCACGCGCCACGAGGCCACGGCCGCGUGCCUCGAGGCCGUGUCCAUCGUCGCGUCGAACGACAUCAACGAGACGGUGCUCCUGAGCCUCAAGGAGCAGGGCCACGCGAUCGACUGCUACGGCAUCGGCACGCACCUCGUGACGUGCCAGGCGCAGCCGGCCCUCGGCUGCGUCUACAAGCUCGUGGAGAUCGACGGCGAGCCCUGCAUCAAGCUGAGCAACGAGAUCGCGAAGACGACGAUACCGGGAGCGAAGUCGAUCUACCGCCUCGUGAGCUCCGCGGACGUCAUGCUGUUGGACCUGCUCGUGCCCUUCUCCCACGCGCCGCCGGAGGUCGGCGAGCGCAUCCUCUGCCGCCACCCCUUCGACCACCAGAAGCGCGCGUACGUGACGCCGUCGAAGGUGCUGGAUCUCCACCAGCUCGUCUUCGACGGCACGCGCUGCGACCCGGACCGGUCCCUCAUCGACAUCCGCGACCACUGCCUCGAGCAGCUCCGCACGGUGCGCGAGGACAUCCUCCGCCCCCUCAACCCGACGCCCUACAAGACGUCCGUCACGCCCGCGCUCUUCACCUUCUUCCAGGAGAUCUGGCAGCGCAACGAGCCCGUCCGCGAGCUCAGCUGAGCCCGGCCCCGCGACCUCUUUCCGCCGCUAACCUCGUGCGGUAGGG